CUUGUUCGUCAUGCUCCAAAAUGAGAGACAACUCAAUGACCAGGCUCCAGUGAUUAUUAAGAGACCCCAGAUCACAAGGUUCCUGCACCUUCACUUCUACACUCUUCACGGCGGAUGAUCUGCCUCUCUGAUCCUCAGAGCACCUUCAUCACUGUCACUCAAUAAAUGCCCCUUCGGGGAUAUUUCACCACAUGUUGAGUCUGAGCCUCCUUUCUCCCGCCACAACUGGUGGAGAAUGUGGGCAAGUGAGAAUUUAGGUUAGAUUCUGUCCUAACGUGUGUGUGUUGUCUCUCAUUACCUUACAGAUCCAGCUCUCUCACACUGUCUCUAGUGCAGCAUGGAAGACAUCUUGCGCCGGCUGGCCGAGGUCUCUCUCCGUCAGCAGAAGUUUGCAGAGGAGCUGGCUAUCCGACAGAAAAGGGCUGAGCAUGAGUUUGAGCGGCUCCGUCAAGAGGCCGCACAGCGAGCCCCACUCCCCAGUACCCGGGCCGUAGCCGGCCAGCUGCUCACCAAAUUAACAGAUCUUGAUAAUGUAGAAGCCUACCUCGACACAUUUGAAAUUGUGGCAGAGCGAGAGUGGUGAGAUGACUCCGAGUGGGCUGGUAUUAUUGCACCCUUUCUAACAGGAGAAGCGCAGCGUGCCUACUAUUCGUUACCCUCCACCUCAGCCACUGAUUAUGCAGCACUAAAGCAGGAGAUAUUGGCCCGGGUGGGGCUCUCACCUGUGUGUGCAGGGCAGCGGUUCUUUGAAUGGGUGUAUGAUUCUCGAGCCCCCGUUCGAGUACAGGCCGCCCAACUCUCCAGGUUGGCCCAUCUAUGGCUUCUCACUGGCCAGGCUACUGCAUUGCAAGUUGCAGAGAAGGUGGUGGUAGACAAGCUGCUCCGUUCUCUGCCCCUGGUGCACCGGAAGGCUGUGGGGACGCGAAAUCCAGAGUCGCUGACCGAGUUGGUACAAGCAGUAGAGCUGACGGAGGCAGCUCAAGCAUGAGACUUGGGAGAGAGAGCUGGAGCAGGAUUUUCUCGGAGAAUACAAAGUGACAAACGACCAUUGGAAAGUGCCACUAUGCCAGUAAGCAGACCAGUCACAACCGGGCCACGGGAUGAGCCUAUGCCUACCGAUCCCAACCCACCAGCAAUGCGGGCGUGGCUAGCAGGCUGUAUUGUGCACCGGGCUAUACCCUCUGGGGCUCCGGAAAGGAAAGUGAGGAUUGACGGACGCCCGGUAAAGGCAUUGUUGGAUUCUGGCAGUUCAGUGAGUCUGGCCCGUCCAGACAUUGCACCAAUGAAGGAUAGUAAAAUAGUGAUGCCCAUCACCUGUGUGCAUGGGGACACCCGGUAUGUGCCAGCCCGUUCUGUUACUAACGCCGCAGACACAGGGAGCUGGAGGAUGGAAGUAGGAGUAGUAAAAUAUCUACCAGUACCCCUCCUGCUCGGUUGCGACUGGCCAGGGUUAGACCGCCUUCUGUCAACCACAAUGCAACCUGCCAGGCAGCGUCGACCGCGCAGAGGUGGAGCGAAACAGGUGGCCCCACGUCGCCUAGUGAUGCUUGCCACUGACAGUGAACCAGAGGGUGAGUCACAUGCUUCCCAGUUAAACGUGUACUCUGAUCUGUUCCAACAGGUAGCAGCGGGAGGCUCAUUUAGCAGAGACCAGAGAGAAGAUGAGCGCCUUAAGAACUGCUGGGAUCAGGUUAGAGUAAUUAAUGGAAAAGAGCGUCUACCCCCGCCACAUCCAACACCACAUUUUAUUGUGGAAAAUGGGCUGCUCUACUGUGUGGCACUUAGGAGUGGUGAGGAAAAGCGUCUGUGCCUCAAACCAAGACAGGAAUGGUUCUGUCCCUGGCCCACUCGCAUCCAAUGCAGGGCACCUGGUUCCCGAUAACUCGCUUCAGCGGAUCAGGGAUCGAUUCCACUGGUCAGGAGUAAAUGCAGAGGUGAGGCGUUUCUGUAGAAGCUGCGACGUCUGUCAGCGCACCGCCCCACAGAAACCACCCCCCAGCCCCUUUAUUCCACUGCCCAUUAUAGAGGUACCUUUUGAGUGCAUCGGUAUGGACCUGGUGGGGCCAUUGCCAAAGUCAUCUCAGGGUCAUGAACACAACUUGAUCAUCAUGGAUUAUGCCACACGGUAUCCCGAGGCCAUUCCCCUCCGAAAAGCCACCUCCAAGAGUAUUGCCAAGGAGUUGUUCCUUCUGUUCAGCCGGGUGGGCAUCCCCAAGGAGAUAUUGACUGAUCAGGGUACUCCAUUUGUCUCCCGGCUUAUGG